GGCUGUCAGUGUGCUGCUAUGAACCAGUAUAAUGAGUGGGCUAUCAUCUUGACUGCAGGUUUCCUGGAGUCAUGCGCGAGUGCAGCCUGUGAUUUAAAGGUUUGGAGCAGACUUGAAGUGAGGUGAGUUGUGUUCACAGGAAGAUGAUUACUCUGGUGUUUACCAGCGUUGUAGCGGGACUACUGGCCCUCGUUCUGUACCAGAGGAUCACUUAUCCCUUCUUCUGGGAGGAUCUGAUGUAUUACUUGAAACUUCGGAGGUACAGAAAGACGCUGCAGGCCGGUAUGAAGCAGGGAAUCACCACAUACCUCGACUGUUUUCUCCACCGGGCGAGGACGAACCCGAACAAACCCUUCAUUAUCUUCGAAAACCAGACCCUGACAUACCAGGAUGUGGAUUACAGAAGUAACCAGUUUGCCAACGCGUUCAGGGCGGAGGGCUCUCUCACAAAAGGGGACAUUGUUGCUCAGUUGAUGUGCAACGAGCCGGACUUCAUCUGUGUGUGGUUAGGACUGUGCAAAGUGGGCUGUGAAGUCGCGUUUCUUAACGUCAACGUGAAAGCCAAGUCUCUGCUCCACUGCGUUCAGAGCUGCGGGGCCAGGACGCUGGUUGUUGGCGCAGAUUUGGUGCAGUUGCUGGAGGAGGUGCUGCCUGACCUGAAGAAGGACAACAUGGCUGUGUGGGUGGUGGAUCACACAUCCCCCUCUGAGGACGUCAACACUUUAUUAGAUAAGGUGGAACACAUGUCUGGAGAAACCUUAAGUGAACUUCCUAAAGUUGACAUCAUGUCAAACUUCCUCUUCAUUUUUACGUCAGGCACAACAGGUCUCUCCAAGGCGGCCCGCGUAGGUCAUCUGAAAGCCAUUGCGAGCAUGGCCUUCUUUACAAUGUGUGGAGCCAAAUCUGAUGACAUCAUCUACAUAACUCUUCCUCUUUACCACAUGUCUGCUUCCUUGUUGGGGAUUGGAGGAUGUAUACACCUUGGUGCAACGUGUGUGUUAAAAAAGAAGUUUUCUGCCAGUCAGUUCUGGAAGGAAUGUGUACAGCACAAGGUGACAGUGGUGCAGUACAUAGGAGAACUCUGUCGAUACCUGGUCAAUCAUCCUGUGGUUCCAGAGGAGAGAAUUCACAGAGUUCGGCUGGCGGCAGGAAGUGGUCUCAGGUCAGAUGUUUGGAAGGAGUUUGCAAGACGCUUUGGUAUGAUCAAGAUCAGAGAGGGUUAUGGCCUGACUGAGGCCAGCAUCGGCUUCCUCAACUACACCGAUGAAGUUGGGCCGAUUGGGAGGGCAAGCUAUUUCAACAAGCUUUUUAUGCCGUUUGAGCUCCUCAGAUAUGAUCCACACACAUACGAGCCGGUAAGAACAGCCUCCGGAAGAUGCAAACGAGCACAAAUAGGAGAGGCAGGGAUCCUGGUAGCUCCCCUGACCACUAUGAACCAGUUCCUGGGCUACGCUGGUAACAAGGUCCAGUCUGAGAAGAAACUGGUCAGGGAUGUGUUUAAAGAUGGGGACAUCUAUUUCAACACUGGAGACCUACUGCUGCACGAUCACAGGGACUUUCUUUACUUCCAUGACCGCAUUGGAGACACCUUCAGGUGGAAGGGAGAGAACGUGUCCACCACAGAGGUGUCAGAGGUUUUAGGUCUUCUUGAUUUUAUCAGGGAAGCCAACGUCUAUGGAGUCACCGUCCCAGGAUAUGAAGGUCGAGCAGGUAUGGCUGCUGUUGUCUUAAAACAUGACCACAAGUUAAAUGGAACAAAACUCUACAACCACUUAGUACAAACACUUCCUGCGUACGCCUGGCCGCGCUUUCUCAGAAUACAGACCUCUCUGGAUGUGACUGAAACCUUCAAGCAGCAGAAGGUGAAGCUGGUCCAGGAGGGUUUUAAUCCAGAUGUAACCAGGGACCCUCUGUAUUUCUUAAAUGUCUCUCAGAAGGAGUUUAUUCUCCUGACUGGAUGUAUAUAUGAAGACAUCGUGUCGGGAGAGAUCAGUUUAUAAAUGUUUUAAGACAUUUUAAUUCAAGAGUACUGACAGGCAUUUAAUGAUAAGAUUAAGAUGAUCCAUGUCAUGGCUGCAUUUCCAUUUGUCUGGGCUUAAAACCCUGAUUUGUGAUCAGUGGCACAGUAAGUGGUUCCCAGCAUUUAAAAACAAAACAGAGCUGUAUUUUCUAGGGACUCUGUCUCACAGUCUGCGUAUGUCAAUAAGUUAUGAGCAAUUCUACCAACAAGUAAAUUUUCUUUCUCUUUUGAAUAAUUUAAAUCAGCCUGAAGAAGUAAAACCAUCCAGAAUUUAAAAAGAAAAGAAAAGAAUUAUUUUCAGUUAGUUGCUAACUGUAAUUUUUUUUUAUCUUGACAAAGAGAAGGCCUUUAUUAGAAACAGGUUUCUAUUGGAGACGUCUCUUUUUCUCAUUUCUUAAUCAGUAAAUAUAUUGGAUCAUAUUUCAUUGUGGUCUACUCGUGAAAACUCAGCAGUCUCGAUAAAUUCAGCAUCAUUUAUCAUAUGCUCUUUUCCAUUUCACUAAUUCAGUACAAAACCAGUUGUCAAACCAAUCUACUGCUCACACUUUCUCUUUAUAACAGAAAUGCUGUUUUUAUUCACUUAUUAUUUCCACUUGCACAUGUUAUUUUUUUAAUUUAUUUUUCUGGCUUUUUAUUCCUUUAUUCCAGCUGCAAUGAGAAAGAGACAGUAAAGCUGGAGAGAGAGAGAGAGGGGGGGGAUAACAUGCAGCAAAGGGAGAAAAGAAAUUCACAGAAAAGUGUUUUGAUUAAUGCUCUGUGGGGAAAAAGGCUUUAUUUUGUCCACCUUUCAGCCUGUUUCCAGUCCCCUGGAUAGCAGGCAGGCUCAGAGUCUGCAUCCAUAUUAUUUUUGUUAAACUCGACCCAGCACCACUCCCUCCUGUUGCACUCAAAGGUCAAGAGUGCAUGACUCCUCCCUUUACUGGUUCAGUUACAAUGAUGUUAGGUUUACAGUGCUAAAGAAAAGAAAACUGCAAAUCAAAGUGAUUGGUGAGUGAAAAUAGUAUUUAGGGGAAAAUGAGCAGCAGAGUGGGGAGUAUGACAUGACUCUGUUGUUGUACUGAUGGAAUUAAUGUGGAAAUGGAUAUUAUAUUGAAUUUAUUACAUGAGGUAUUAGACUACAAAUGAUUUGUUUAUUAGUGACCGGCCAUUCCAAUAAUAAUUCAUACUGACCAUGGCCUUUAUUUGAAUGACUUUCAUUUUGUGUGCAGACUUUUACUGAAGAAUUUAUGUUAUGUCCUUUUUCAUGCCUGGGGAAGAAAGGCAUAAAUACAUUUAUACUUCUUAAGUAUAAAGUAGUAUUAGUAGAAAUUAUAGCUUAGCAUAAAGAGGUAACAGUACUAAAAUGUAACUGUUUAAACUUAACAAUUAAUAUAAAGUUCACUGUACCUACAUUUAUAGAAGUUGUAGCCCAGCACAAAACUGUUUGACUAUACUCCAAACAACUACAAAUAGUAGUAAGUAUGGUAAGAUUUAAUGGAAGCAAUGGAUAUAAAGAAGAUAAAUGUUAUUAAUUUAUCUUAAAUUAAAAUUUUAACCAUUUGUAGAUAUUUACCUAACAACUUAAGGAAUAAUAUUAUUAUUUAAACAACUGGAUAGAAAUAUUUUAACACUAUGAAAUUUGAAAUCUUUUUCAAUUCAUAUUUUUUACUGUAGUUUAGUUUUUGAAAUAAAUUAACAACCCUUGCAUUUUUUUCUGCUCCAACUUUGUAAUGUUUGUAAGUAAUGUUUAAUGAAAAAUUGUUAAUCUUUUAACUCUCUCUUAACUUUCACAAAAUCUUUUA